AUGGUCGUGUUUAGCAAAUAUUAUAUAGGAAAAAUGAACAGUACUUGGUUGUCAAACGAUCUGCUGCCGCCGUUCGGCUUCACUGGCUUCUUCGGGGCCGUGUUCCUCUGCAUAGUGACCUUUUAUGUGUUCAAAAAACUGAGCGGCGACGGCAACAUUCCCCUUAGAGGCAUCCUCAAGAGCCACAGUUGGAUACCUAUUAAAAUAACGGCAAAGACUUGGUACUGUUCAGUAUGCGAGUCUCUGUUACUGAACGGUAUAGGAGUUUAUUGCGAUUGCUGCGGUGUAUGCGCUGACUCGGAUUGCAUCAGAAAAGCCGAUACUUCGUUGAAAUGCAAAGUGAUUGCCACCAGCGAACAGAACUUCCCGCAUCAUUGGGUUAAAGGUAAUUUACCUUUGGGAGUGAAUUGCAAGGUGUGCAAAGAGGAAUGCUCGAGGGAUCCCGGGUUAGUAGAUUUCAGGUGUUGCUGGUGUCAGAAAACAGUCCACACGGAAUGUCUAGCGAGAGUAGAAGAAUUAUGCGAUUUUGGUGCGUUUAAACACAUGAUAGUACCGCCUUGGUGUGUGCACACAGUCAAACGUAAAGGUACUCUACACAAACAAAUCCUGUUAAAGAGCGUUCGAGAUCCCCAGUGGGAACGAUGGACUCCUCUAGUAGUAGUCGCGAACAGAAAAUCGGGAAACGGCGACGGAGCCGCCUUACUAUCGGAGUUCCGCAAGUACUUGAAUCCCAUACAAGUGAUCGAUUUGAGCGAACGUAAACCCCCUGUUGCUCUACAAUGGUGCAUUCUCCUAGCGCCCAAACCCGUUACUAUACUGAUAGGCGGCGGGGACGGUACCAUCGCUUGGGUACUGACCACCUCUCACAAACUAGAUCUCGACCCGGAACCUCCGAUUGCUAUCAUACCUUUGGGUACCGGUAACGAUUUGUCGAGGGUGUUAGGCUGGGGCGCCGCGAAUUCCUCUGAUAUAGACGUCGAAGGGUUGUUAAGAAACGUACGAGAAGCUAGAACGGUGGAACUCGACAGAUGGAAAGUAGAAGUAACAUCGAACAGACACUUGGGCUUGAAAUUACCCAGUAAAAUCCACUUUAUGUACAACUACAUCAGCAUCGGAGUAGACGCCCAAGUAGCUUUGAACUUCCACAAGACCAGAGACAGUAUAUUCUACGUAUACGGCAGCCGAUUAGUCAACAAGUUGUUGUACCUGUGCUUCGGCACGCAACAGGCGGUGACCUCCGAUUGCAAGAACCUGGAGAAGCGGCUGGACUUGUACUUGGACGGCAAGCGGAUCGAUCUGCCCGAAUUGGAGUCGAUCGUCGUGCUGAACAUCAGCUCGUGGGGCGCCGGCGUGAAUUUGUGGGGCGACGGGGAGGUGCACAACAAUCAGUCCUAUCACGACGGGAUCGUCGAGGUCGUGGGGAUCUACUCGUCGUUUCACAUAGCCCAAUUGCAGGUGGGCAUGUCGACGCCGUUGCGAUUGGGACAGGCCAAGGUGGUCGAGAUAUUUUUGAAGCAGAAGGCUCCGAUGCAGGUGGACGGGGAACCGUGGGAACAACAGCCCGGUAAACUGAAACUGUCGUUUGUCAAUAGAUGUCCCGUGCUUAUCAAUCAAAAUGGUUUCGAGUGA